AUGAAGCCUCCUUCCUUCGCUUUUACUAGCCCUCCUAGAGGAUUCUUUCUGCGUCGGCGCCGCACGAAAGAUCGGGAGCUGCGAGGGAACAGCAAACAGCAGCAACCAAGCGCAGCAGCAACAGCAGCAGCACCAGUAGCAGCAGCAGCAAUACCAGCAGCAGCAACAGCAAGAGCAGUCGGACGGGUUGAACAAAGAGCAGUCAUUGGGGUACCCGUCACUUCUCUACACGGUUGCUUCCCCCAGCCUUGCGCGCCGAGCAGCAGCAGCAGCAGCAACAGAAGCAGCAGCAACAGAAGCAGCAGCAACAGCAGCAUCAUCAGCAGAGUUCCAGGAAGCCACCUUCUCGAGAGAGAAACAACUGCAGGGUCUGUGACUUCAGGAGACGGCGGGAGCUUCCUUGCUGCAGCAGAAUCAGCAGCAGCAGCAGCAGCAGCAACGAAAACAGCAGCAGCACAGACUGCAGCAGCAGUAGAUGCUGCAGUAACAGCACUUGGAGCUCUUUUAAAAGAGCAGCUUCAGCGGGGUUUCGUUGCAGCAAAGCGGGUGUUAUUCCCCUCGCAGUUGCAUGGGUGUAUGCUGCUGCUGCUGCUGCUGCAGUUGCUAGGGCUUGCAUUUCUGCUGCAGCAGCGACACGAGCUGCAGCAACAGCGGGAAGAGCUUCAGCAGCAGCGGGAGGCGUUGCAGCAGCACGCGGUGUACGGGCACCUGCUCCUACAGCAGCAGCAGCAACAGGAGCAGCAGCUGCUGCUGCAGCAGCUGCAGCAGCUGCAGCAGGAGCAGCAGCUGCAGCUGCUGCAGGAGCAGCAGGAGCAGGAACAGCAGCAGGAGCAGGAGCAGCAACAGCAGAAGGAGCAGCAACAGCAGAAGGAGCAGCAACAGCAGAAGGAGCAGCAACAGCAGAAGGAGCAGCAACAACAGCAGAAGGAGCAGCAGCAGCAGCAGCAGCAGCAGCAGGUUGUAGAAGGGGGCAGCUGCAGCUGCAGGCCUUGUGCGCGAGUGCAUUCGUCUGGAGAUUUAAUAGACAUCGCUGAUCGAUAUAAAUACAGCGAAGAGGUGGUUGAAUUAACUGUCUCUCACCUUCUGAGGUGUAUCGGCAGCUCUGCUGCUGCAGUAAAUAGAGCUUCUUUAAAAGAUAAAGCGGAGGCUAAACUCAAUGACAUAGGUGCAGAAGAAUAA